AUGCCGUCUUUCAAUCGCAUCGCCAUCUACGGUCAUCGAGGCUGGGCAAGCUCGAAGAUAACCGAAGCCUUGAUCGCUUCAGGGGCACCGAUUCGAAUUAUUUACCGGCCAGGGUCCGAUAUCUCAAGCCUGCCCGCCUCCGUCACCACUGUGGAGGUGGAUGUCAGCGACGAUGAAGCACUAGUCGAUGCCCUACAUGAUAUUGACAUCGUCAUCUCCCUCGUCGGGCAUGAAGGCGUUGAGCGACAGCAUGCCUUUAUCAAGGCCAUACCAAAGACGCAAGUCAAGUUAUUUUCGCCGUCAGAGCUCGCGGGCAGAUACGAUGAACAAGGGUUGAAGAUCGUCGUCAACAAGACUAAGCGCCAAGUUGAGGAAGCCUCUAUCGUUGCUGGCAUACCAACGACGAUGGUUUUGCUUGGAAACUUUGCCGAGUUUGCGCUGAACACUCCUGGCAUGGGUAUAGACUUGCCCGGUAACAGAAUCGUAUACUCGGGGAACAGCACCAAGGAGGUUGUGGACUUAUGCACUCGGAACUACGUGGCCGCGGCAUACUCUGCUAUCUUCACUUCGACGCCAAUUGCUCAGCUUCAAAAUAGGUCAAUCUCAAUUUCGGAGUUGAAGGUCACUGGUGAGAAUGUUGCUACUAUGUUGGAAAAGAAGCACGGCGCUCUUCCUCGCCUCUCCUCCCUGAGCCUCGACAGAGUCAACGCCGAAGUCGAGGAAGGCCUCAAAUCAGGUAGUCUCUUCACCCUGGCUUGGUACUGUCGCAAGAUAUGGGGCACUGGCCAGCAAGCUAAAAUGGUUGGGGCCGAUAUCUGGGAGGUCGACGAAUACAAGAAGGCAACUCUUGAAGAUCUAAUCGUUGAUGGAAAGCUUGAAGCAUACCGCCAACUCCCACCACAGGUUACAGAGUACUUCCAAAGUACAUUCUGA